UACUCGUAGGAAUGUUGCUUGAAUAAAAUACAAUCUAGUCACAAAAGAUGUCACUAGUCGUCAAAAUCCUACUCUCGUCAAGAACAAUCAGGAAGUAACUGCGUUUCAUCUUCUGAGGUAGUAGAAAGAAGAUGCGGGCGUGUGAUACUUAAUCUGUGACCUGCUUCCAACCAAUAGCAUGAAAGAAGCACUGCUUUGCUGUGUAACACUCGUGUGAGUUUUGGGUGUAACAAUUUCAAAUUCCUCUGUCGAAAUAAAUAUGAUCAUGAAGUGUUUUUACGAAGCAGUUUCUGUAUUGUAAAACGUCUGUGUAUUUUAUGAACUUGGAAUGCUGAUCAAAAAUGGAAAAUACCGAGAAAGGAACUUUUAUUACCCUAUUCUAUCUCGUUUUCAACACAAUCAGUUCUAUUGUAAUAGUAUUACUGAAUAAGUGGGUGUAUAAAUAUGUAGGUUUUCCCAAUUUGACAUUGACGUUUCUGCAUUUUAUCGUCACAUUUUGUGGGUUGGUUCUUUGUCAGAAAUGCAACGUCUUUACUGUGAAAAGUGUGCCUUUAAAAGAUAUGAUACCACUGGCAUUCGCUUUUUGCGGAUUUGUAGUUUUUACGAAUUUAAGUUUACAAAACAACACCGUCGGAACUUAUCAAGUUGCUAAAGUGAUGACAACACCAUGUAUCAUCGUGAUACAGAUAUUUUUCUACAAUAAAGAUUUUCCACUAAGAGUUAAACUAACACUGAUACCCAUUACUUUGGGAGUAUUUAUGAACUUCUACUAUGAUAUCCAGUUCAAUAUCCUUGGAACAAUUUAUGCUACCCUAGGAGUUAUAGUCACAUCUCUGUAUCAAGUGUUGGUGAGCCAGAAACAACAUGAGCUACAAAUGAAUGCAAUGCAGCUUCUAUAUUAUCAGGCUCCAUUGUCAGCCUUAAUAUUACUGAUGAUAAUACCUGUCUUUGAACCAAUAAGCACCACCAUCACAAUACACUGGACUGCAGAAGUAGUUGGUUUAGUGGCAAGUUCAUGUAUAACAGCAUUCUUUGUUAAUCUCUCUAUCUAUUGGAUAAUUGGAAACACAUCACCACUUACAUACAACAUGGUGGGCCACAUCAAGUUUUGUCUCACUGUACUUGGUGGUGUUCUUCUGUUUAAAGAGCCAUUCCAUGUGAACCAGGGUGUUGGAAUCAUACUGACCGUGUUUGGAGUAACAGCUUAUGCACAUGUAAAGGCUGGAAGUGCCCUGGGACAAGGCAGCUAUUAUCAUCAUUUAGGAUGCACAAAAAAGUCAUCAAAAAUAGGGCUACUUUUUCAGUCACCUCCUUAGGGAUGGUGUUCCUAGUGUUGUACGUGGGACUCUUCAGCCUGAAAGAAAAUAUUAAGUGUGCUUGUACAGGUGUGUCAGAGGAGUCAUAUAUUUAUUUAAUGUAAUAAAUUUUAAUGUACUUAUGGUUUUGAACAGUUAAUGUGCAUAGAUGAGGCUUUAUCUGCCUUUAGAAUUUGCUUGUUUUACAUAAUCUAUGGACUGUUACUUUGAAAAAGAUGUAAUCAAGAUUUUAAACACUGAGUGGUCUCAUGUCUGUUGGCUUUCUGAAUUCCAUCUGAUAAUCUGCUUCAGAUUCUAUAAAUGCUGACUUUUCUAAAUGUACUAAUUUAUGUUGGUUCACAACAACAGUUACAGUUCUAUUAAUGUUUAAAAUAAAGUAAAACACAAGUACAUAGUUAAAGGAAUGCUUGAAAGACAUGUUCACUAUAGUAACAGUUAUUAAAUCUAAGAUUUGGGUUUCCCAGAAUGGUGAUGGUCUUUUGAAGAUCGAGGCAACAUUCCUCCAAAACCCUGGUAAUCUGCUACAGGACUAUAUUGCAUCAUAGCCCAGAAUUGACAGUUAGUUAAUUCAGCAUAGUUUUGACAAUUCUGUAACUUUUGUGAGACAUACUAGAAUGUGGAUAACCUCUAUUCUGCUCAUGCACAUAUUUCAGAAUAGAUGAAUUGGGGACACAAUACAUUUCUUUUAUUCAUGGUUCUGCUCUGAUAUUAUUUUAGGUGCAUAGGAGAUAAGAUUAUAAAUUUGUUAUAAUUUCUACUGUAGUUAUAUUUGAAAAGGUACUGUCCUCUAAAAAAAAAUUUGUUCCCCUGUUAUUGUAUGGACUUGGUGUGUGUAAAUUUCACAUCAUAUUGCCCUGCUAUCCUUUUCCACAGUUCACCAAUCAUUCUUUCUUCUGCCUCAUAAUAAAAAUGCUCCACUGGUUCCAAAAUUAUUCACAGAAAAUAUAUGUUGAGUGGUUUUAAGUUGAAUUGAAAUGAAAUUAACUUUAUGGGGUGUAAUUUUAUAUAAUCUGAAAACAGAAGUCAGUUUAUUUUUAUAUUUGCAUGUUUCUUAGUACAGGACUUCUGAAACCAUGACUCAUAAUCUUACACACCCCUCUGCAGAGAGUUUGAAGAACCUUUGAAUGGUAUUACAGACUUCUUGAAAUGUCACAGUUGAGGCAAGAAUGAUUACUGUUCUCAUGCAUUGCCUGUUAGCAUUUUGGUUAGCUUCUCUCCUUCUGUGAUGACACUUGUUCUGACAAUUGCAUGCACUGAAAUUGUCUAGUUCAUACUGAGUCUUGGUGUGUAGAGGUUAGGGAAGUUCAGUGCCAACAGGUAUUAUUAAUUUAUGAUGUUAUUAAUUUUACUUAUUUUCUCACCCCUGAAUUAUAUUUGUUCAACCAUUUAAAAUUUUCGACUUUAUACUUAUAGUGAAAAUGUCUUAGGAAGAAGAAAGUUUUAGACUUUGGGGUUAAAUAUGAGAAUAGUCGAGGAUGUUAUAAAGAUGCUACAAUUAGUAACCCAAGUGAAAGUAAUAACAAAUCAAACUGGUAAGAAGUAUUUACUACUUGUUUUUUGUAGUCUUUGUGUUGAUGGCAAGGAAUGAAUGGUGGAUAUUUUGUCACUUAAAUCUUUUUCUACUAGCAGUAUGAAACCAAGCAAAUUAAAAUUGCAUCUAGAAAUAAGUGGCUAAAAAAAUUCUUUUUGUUAAAGACAAGGGUGAAUUUUACAGUAAAGCUGGGAAUCUAGGCACAUUUCAGCAACCCACUGUUGGAUAACACCGUGCUUUACGUAUAACUUUUGUGAAACAGAUGACAAAUCUCUGGCUUCAGUUUUCAGUUUAGGUAUGAAGAAAUUAUUGCAGAUGUCAAAAUGAACUUCUAAUUUCUAUAUAAAGAGGGGAGAAUGAGCUUUUAAUUGAGUGAAAGUAAUUCAUUUAUUUUUGCUUUGGAGGAAAGGUAAUAGAUUUUAGAUUGUCAUUCUGGUUAUGAUGCAUAAUAUAGUUUCACAAGAAACUUGUAGUUUUCAUAGUUUAUUGCAACUUAUUUUUUUUAUUACAAAUGUCAGUGACAGUAACCAAAGGACCUUGUUUUUUAUUCCCAGUAUACAGUUGGUAACAUUAAUUUUGAUGCUUUUAUGGUAUUGCCAUACUGAAACCUUACUUGUCAUGUUGUGUGAUGGGUGGGAAGUUAAAUAUACACUAUGUCGACUCAUUAGAACCAAAGACCUGCCUACUUUGUACAGGAGUACAAAUACAUUUUAAAAACUAUUGUAAUGUAUGUAGACUAAAUGAAAAAACAGGCUUAUGUUAUUGGAAUUUUGUUUGUUUGAUCAAGUGUCAUAAUGUAUACAGUAGACCCUUAUUAUAUGGUAGAUGUUGAGGAAAGCUUCAAUACCCACAUUAUAAGGAAAAACAUGUAUCUAAUUUUCAUACCUGUGCUCUAUUCAACUCCAUGGUAUAACAUCUAUUGUAACUUAGAAAUUUGUUUGUUUUAAACUGCUUAAUUAAAUUGUUUUAAACUGCUUAAUUAAAUUGUUUUACAUUUUUAUGCAUGUCAGUAAAAGUUGCAAUUCCAGGGUAAAGAUGAAGUAGAGUUUUGCUGUUUACAUCACAUUCCUUAGGGAACAGAUCAGGAUGUUUGUGUUGUAGAUUAUAAGACAUCAUAGGCUUUUACUUCGUUUGUUUAUGAUGCGAAAGAAUAUACAUGGUCGUUGAAGCAGUUAUGUUUAAAAGAAUGGUGAAUUUGUUUAUAAGUUUAAUUGUUAUUUUUAUUUACAUUCCAGAGAUAUUCCAUAUUUUGGAAGUGGUAUUCAGCUUUGUGUGUGUACUGUAUUGCAUGGAGAACAUAACAUGUUUUUAAUUGCAUAACUGUAAUUAUCCUAAUUCAUACUAGAAAAUAAAGAGCCAAUUCUGUGAUGUAA